GUCCUCUUCUCUUCCCCCAUUCCUUCCACCACCAUCUCUCCCGACCAUAAGGCGGAAUCUCGAUCCCUUCCACCACCCUAGCGCCUCGCCUCCAUCUCCACACCAAGGAUACGCACACCCAUUCGUCCCACGCAAGGCGCGAUGGAGCGGCGGCCAGAGCUGCGGCGGUCGAUGACGCUCUCGGAGCAGCUGUCCAGGCCCGACCCGGCCAUCCGCGAGUUCCUCAAGAUCCCCGACGACAACAGCCACCUGAGCGCUGACGCUGGAGGAGGUGGAGGCAGCGGCGGCACGAUCAACUGGAAGCCGCUGCGCGACCGUCUCCGGCUCCGGCGCUCCGUGAACGCCUGGUCCAGCCCGUCGGAGAGGCCCAGCACGGCGGACGGCGCCGGUAGCCUGAAGAACAGCGGCAGCGGCAGCAACCGCAGCCACAAGUACAUCUACGCGCAAGGUGAGGCCACGGCGGCCUUCUGCCGCACCUCCUCGCUCCGCCAGACUCCCGCAUUCUCGCGCGCGGCCUCCAAUCGUGUGGGUUCCAACGCCACGAUCGGGCGCUCUCCCCCCGUGGUCGGCGACGAGGGCUCCGAGGACGAGUCAGAUCAGGACGAGGACGAGGAGGAAGGCAAGGAGGAGGAGGAGGCGCCGACGGCGCAGAUGUCCCUGAUGGCGCUGCUGGAGCAGACGGACAGCUGGGACGAGGAGGAGGAGGAGGAGCAGGCCGCGGCAGGCGCCGGGGCCAGCAGCAAGAACGCGCACGCCGAGGAGGAGGAGGAGGACGGCGAGGGGCGCGAGGAGGAGAUGGUGCACGUGUGCUGCGUGUGCAUGGUGCGGCACAAGGGCGCGGCCUUCAUCCCGUGCGGCCACACAUUCUGCCGCCUGUGCUCCCGCGAGCUCUGGGUCAGCCGCGGCAACUGCCCGCUCUGCAACGGCUUCAUCCAGGAGAUCCUCGACAUCUUCUGAUCAAACCAACCUCAUCUUCCUAUCUGUCCGUCCGACUCUUGAUUCUUCGGAGGUUGAUGGCGAGUGAACGGCCAACGCGCCACCCUGCUCUGAAACUGAGACCCGUGUCAUAUCGUAGGUAAAUUGGUACAUCAAUCAACAUGAUGACGCUCUGUCUGCGAUUUAUUUCUGGAAUAUGAUUAACUGUAUCAAGUGUACUUAGUAAUGUUUUGGAAUAAGAAUGGGAUGCCUACAAUGAUA